GUUCUGGUAACACUUUUCCUGAAGUGAGGUCGUGGUGGAGUUUCUCCUCCACUUCUCCAUGCAAACACUAUGCGGAGAGCAAUCGGCUUCCCUGCGCUGUGCCUGCUUCUUAAUCUUCACGCUGCAGGAUGCUUUUCAGGAAAUAAUGAUCACUUUUUGGCACUUCAUCAUAAGAAGAGUGGGAAGCCAGCAUUCCUUUAUCACCAUUCACAAGACAUUGAGAAGAGCCUGGAUAUAGCUCCACAAAAGAUGUAUAAACAUUCCUCUUCUGAAGCUCAAAUAAGUAAACACCACACAAUUGUUAAUUCAGCAUUUCCUAGACCUGCAUAUGAUUCAUCUCUCAAUCUGUUGGCUGCGGCUGGUCAAGAUCUCGAAGUGGAAAACCUUCCAAUCCCAGCAGCAAAUGUAAUAGUGGUAACACUGCAAAUGGAUGUCAACAAGCUGAACAUAACCUUGCUUCGAAUAUUCCGCCAGGGAGUGGCAGCAGCUUUGGGACUCCUUCCCCAGCAAGUGCACAUCAACCGCCUCAUUGGAAAGAAGAACAGUGUGGAACUGUUUGUGUCUCCCAUCACCCGAAAAGGAGGCGUUUCUGAGGCUCUGCCAUCUGAGGAAGUGCUGCGCUCACUUAACAUCAAUGUUUUGCAUCAGAGCUUAUCCCAGUUUGGAAUCACAGAUGUGUCCCCUGAGAAAAAUGUUUUACAAGGGCAGCAUGAAGCGGACAAAAUCUGGAGCAAAGAAGGAUUUUAUGCUGUUGUCAUAUUUCUCAGCAUCUUUGUUAUUAUAGUAACGUGUCUGAUGAUUCUUUACAGAUUAAAAGAAAAGUUUCAGCUUUCUCUGAGACAAGAUAAAGAGAAAAAUCAAGAGAUCCACCUAUCACCCCUAGCCUUACAGCCAGCCCAGUCUGAAGCAAAGACGGUCAACAGCAUGGUCCAGCCCGAGCAGGCGCCGAAGGUGCUGAGUGUGGUCGUGGACCCUCAAGGUCGAUACGCUCCCGAGAUCAAAGCUACCACCUCUGUCUGCCCUUCUCCUUUCAAAAUGAAACCCAUAGGACUUCAAGAGAGACGAGGGUCCAAUGUGUCUCUGACUUUGGACAUGAGUAGCCUGGGGAAUGUUGAACCCUUUGUGGCUAUACCAACCCCACGGGAGAAGGUUGCAAUGGAGUAUCUUCAGUCAGCCAGCCGCAUUCUCACAAGAUCACAGCUGAGGGACGUCGUGGCAAGUUCACAUUUACUCCAAAGUGAAUUCAUGGAAAUACCAAUGAACUUUGUGGAUCCCAAGGAAAUUGACAUUCCACGUCAUGGAACGAAAAAUCGCUAUAAGACCAUUUUGCCAAAUCCCCUGAGCAGAGUGUGUUUAAGACCAAAAAAUGUAACUGAUUCUUUGAGCACCUACAUUAAUGCUAAUUAUGUUCGAGGCUACCGUGGCAGAGAGAAAGCGUUCAUCGCCACGCAAGGCCCCAUGAUCAACACUGUGAAUGACUUCUGGCAGAUGGUUUGGCAGGAAGAUAGUCCUGUGAUUGUUAUGAUCACAAAACUCAAAGAAAAGAAUGAGAAAUGUGUGUUAUACUGGCCUGAAAAGAGAGGAAUAUAUGGGAAAGUGGAGGUUCUGAUUAUCAGUGUAAAUGAAUGUGAUAACUACACUGUUCGAAACCUUGUCUUAAAGCAAGGAAGUCACACCCAACAUGUGAAGCAUUACUGGUACACCUCAUGGCCCGAUCACAAGACUCCAGACAGCGCCCAGCCCCUUCUACAACUCAUGCUGGAUGUAGAAGAAGACAGACUUGCAUCUGCAGGCCGAGGGCCUGUGGUCGUCCACUGCAGUGCAGGGAUAGGUAGAACAGGGUGUUUUAUUGCCACAUCCAUUGGCUGUCAGCAGUUAAAAGAAGAAGGAGUCGUGGACCCACUGGGCAUUGUCUGCCAGCUUCGUGUAGACCGAGGUGGAAUGGUCCAAACCAGUGAGCAGUAUGAAUUUGUGCAUCAUGCUCUGUGCUUGUACGAGAGCAGACUUUCCGAAGAAACUGUCCAGUGAUGCUUGGAAGAUUUACCAGACCAUCAGUCUCUAGGGGUGAUUAAUCAAUUACCCACUUGAGGCUUCUGGAAGGAGCUUCCUGCAAUGAAAGAAACGAGAAGCCCUCCAGGCAAGCUGUGGCAUGGAUUGUGGAAGACAGCAACAUGUUAAAGGUUGCCAGCCCCUUGUGUAUAUGAAUGCAUUUGUAAGCAUCUCCUAAGUUAUUUUGAAAGUCCUAUACUGCUGGAGGUAUGACAGACUUCUCACACAGCUGGGGGGAGUUUGUCUUGUCCAUAUCAAUUACCUGCCACACAGAAUGUCUGUCUGAAAUACUCAGUGAUACUUGUCAUCAGAUGAUGACUGAAGAGCUGCUGAAGAAGUUAUUGUGUGUUUAGAUGCUUUAAUGUUUGCAAAAUCUGUCUCGUGAAUGGACUGUCAGCUGUUAAACCGUUCCUUUUUAAGUGCUAUUAUCUUUCUCAGUUACCAGAAUCUUGCCGCUAAAGUUGCAAGUGAGUGAUAAAGGAUUUUUAACAAAUAAGUACUUGUUUUUGAAAAAAAUCAAAAGCAGUAACUAUUUUAUAUGGAAAUGUGUCUUGAUAAUAUUACCCAUUAAACAUGUAUUUAUCAGUACCUCCUGUCAAUCAAUGAACAGAGCACAAUGACUGUCCCUGGGUAUGUGUGUAUUUACUCUCUAUUGCUGAGCGCCGCAGUGGCUUCUGUGCCAGGACUCUAUCCCCUGUAUUUCUACCUUGUGAGUCGUUUUACUGUAAAAGGGGAAAACAACUUUGUAGCAACUCUGAUGAGUCAAGAAUUUUAAAUACUUUUCUCUCUGCCACUGAGGAGUUUUUGAGUAUGCCGUCUACCUGGAAUCUCUUGCCCAAUAAAAGGCAGUUGCUUUGGGGAAUGAUGUCACCUGGCACAUUUUGAGAGGUUCUUUUAAAAGGAUGCUGCCGUGCAUAUCCUGACAUUUCUGAGAGGCUCUAAUUCUCCAGAGACAAAUAGAGGUAAAAACAAAAACUACAGUCAGCAAACACUAGCUGUUCUGCUCAGAUAUGAAUUUUUAAUGCAGCUAUGUUGGCUUUGUUUCCUACUGCCAAUAAACUACUCUUAAUACUAAUGAUUGA